GUGGUGUAGCGUAUCCAGUCUACCAACAUUAGCUAUCAACUUCAAAAAAUCAUGUCUCAACCACAAUAUGGUACCUCUUCACCAGCUCCAGCUUCAGCCUACAACAAUUUCAUAUCCCCCGCUCGCUCACGCCGUUCACAUCGUUCAGCUCGGUCGGCCCGUUCUAUAGCUCAAUCUCAAGGUUCAGCUACGAUCAUAUCCUCAAUCUCUAAUCUCGCCAAUACUAUAAUAGGAGCUGGAGCUCUCGCUUUUCCUUCCGCCUUCGCCACAAUGGGUAUCAUACCGGGAGUUGUGUCGUGUGCUUUUUGCGGUAUCACCUCUUUCUUUGGUUUGUACCUCCUGAGUCGAUGUGCUACCAUUGUGGGACGACAGCCAGGUCACGAGAUGAAGAAGGCGAGUUUCAACGAGGUGGCAAAGAUAGCUUUUGGGAAAGGUUGGGCUACGAGGGUGUUUGAUUUGGCGAUAGCGAUCAAGUGCUUUGGAGUAUCCGUCUCAUAUCUUAUAAUAUGUAAAACCUUACUUCCUCAAGUAUUUGCCACCUUGGCGAACAUUUUUCGUCAUCCUUUGUCCGACGAUUCGCUGUUGUUGCCACAAGAUUUCUGGCUGGUCGCCUCCAUGGUAGUCAUUGCGCCUUUAUCAUUCCUCAAAACGCUUGACGCGUUACGCUUCACCAGUCAAAUCGCAUUGGGCACAGUCGUUUACCUUCUCAUCGUGGUAGUAUCAUGGUACAUCUUCAAGGGAGCCAGUCCGUCCAGAGGAGAGGUUGUGCUUGCUCGAUUUAGUUCCAACACAUUAGCCAGCUUUCCUGUGCAAAUCUUUGCCUACACCUGUUCACAAAAUUUAUUUCCUAUCUACAAUGAACUGAAGGACAAAACUCAACAAAGAAUGAACGUUGUCACUGGAGCCUCGAUUGGUUUAGCCACGGCCGUUUACGAAGCUCUUGGUGUCAUCGGAUAUCUCACAUUCGGCAGUAAAGUGGGAUCCAACAUUAUCGCCAUGUAUCCUCCUACAUCCUUCCCCAUCGCUCUCGGUCGAUUAGGUAUCGUACUCCUAGUAGGACUGUCUUAUCCUCUGCAAUGCUUACCCUGUCGGAUAUGCGUGUAUCAAAUGACAUCCGGGAUAAUCAAACCUAAACCUGAGCCAUCGUACGAUAUACCAGAUUCGGACGAGGAUAGUGAGGCAGAGGCGGAGGAAGAUCCAUUGGUACCGAAAGAUGAUGAUGAGGAGGAAGAGGACGUGGAAGACUUGGCACAUGGAGGUGCGAUAGAGAUGAGGAGAUGGAAAUUUAUUGGUAUCACCAUGGGAAUAUUGAGUUUAGGUUUCAUCAUUGCUUUACUAGUGGAUGAGUUAGAAGUUGUCCUUGGAUUUGUAGGAUCAACAGGAUCUACCAUAAUAUCUUUUAUCCUUCCUGGUUUCUUCUACUUCAAGCUAUUCCGAAGAGAAGCAGGAUUGACCAAAUGGUUCGCCCUCGCGCUGGCUAUUUACGGAGUAGCAGUGAUGAUCUUCUGUCUUGCGUUCAACAUACUUCGACUGCGAUCAUCAUGAACCAUCGUAGAAGUGACAUGCUGCAGGAUCACAACUGUGCCCAAAUUUGUACAAGUACGAACAUUCAUACACUACAUCCUUGUUUCCCUUCAUUGGUUGUUCCUUUUGGAUGUUGCACGUAGAGUAGGCGUCAUGCAGAUCGUGCUCCAUCU